AUGGUCCCUAGCGGUCGCAAGGCUAUGAGUAAAUCGCAUAAUUUAAUAAGUACUGCCUCCAAAACUAGUAUGACGGACAGGUUGCGCCCUGUUGAGACUGAGGACGUGGUGCUCCCACAUAAAAGAGCCCCCCACCGGGCAAAAGCGGUGCGGACUUGGAAGAGGGCAAAAGCCCUACCUGAUUUGUCUGACUCUGAUUCGGACUCAGAGGAGGUUUCAGAUGGGUCCGAUACCAUUGACCCAGUUUAUUCGGAGGACUCUUCCCCCAAAUGCAGCGAGACUGCACCGCCAGCUGUAGAAGCUGAGCAGGAGGCGGACGAAUCCGCCAUCUUAGACCCCCAAGGGAAACCCCUUUUUCACCCUGAUGCCCUGCAUAAUCCUUGCUCGGCUGACUGGUACCCCACGACCCAUGUGGCCAUUUAUAUAGCAACCAGG